UCAAUUUCGAAUUUCUUUAAAUUACCUUUACAACUUUUCUUCCAGUUCCAUGCUUUUUAAACAAAAAAGAAAACGCUGGCUUGGACACAAAAAAACACGGAUGGACACGGAUAUGUUGAUCUAGUAGGCCUACAGCGAUUCUCAACUGGUGGGUCGUGCAUUUAAAGUGUGUAGAAAAUGAUAAUUCACUUUUGUUUUUUAAAUCAUUUUACCUCUGAACAAUUUUUCUUUAAUCACAGUCUUUUCAAUAGACUGUUAUUAGCAGCGCUAUUUAGCAGUUUGUUGAUUUUUUUGGUCUCAAACCAGUGAGUUUAGCAUUCUUCAUCAAGAAUAUAGGCAAAAUGUAAUUAUUGAAAAUUAAAAGGUGGGACUGUUGUUCCCUUAUUAUAUAAAUGGUACAUUUACUAUCAAUAUAGCAUUAAAAUCGUUUUCCAGCUAUUUGGGUCCGGAAGCAAAAACCAGUUGAGAACCACUGAUCUAGUAAGUAGUCUAUUGUUUCAUAGUCAAAGCCUUUGCAUAGUUUACCCCCUCCCCAAACGCACAGAGGUCCAGGUUUACAUGUGACGUCACUCUGCGCGUGGGACAUUGCUCUUCUCUUCCCACCUCUCAAUCGAGGAAUAGAAGUUAGCAGUCAACCAGGAACGGGACCGGGCAGUCUUCCACUCAAUUUCUUAAUCUAUCGGCCUGCACUAUCCCUCCUGUAUGGUGGAUAUUAUAUUAAAUUCUUCUUUCUUGGGUGAUAUGGGGGAUCAUUCCAAAAAGAAGUCUGGAAUCGCAAUGUGUGUGGGCUGUGGGAGUCAGAUCCACGACAAGUACAUCCUGCGGGUCGCCCCGGACCUGGAGUGGCAUGCUGCGUGUCUGAAGUGCUCGGAAUGCAGUCAGUACCUGGAUGAGACGUGCACUUGCUUCGUCCGAGAUGGCAAAACAUACUGCAAAAGAGAUUAUGUAAGAUUAUUUGGGAUUAAAUGUGCAAAAUGUAACAUUGGCUUCUGCAGCAGUGAUCUGGUGAUGAGAGCUCGUGACAACGUUUACCACAUGGAGUGUUUUAGGUGCUCGAUGUGCAGCCGGCAUCUCGUGCCGGGGGAUGAGUUCUCUCUGCGGGACGAGGAGCUGCUGUGUCGGGCUGAUCACGGUUUACUUCUGGAACGGGCCUCAGCGGGAAGCCCCAUUAGUCCGGGAAAUAUUCUCUCCAGGUCUUUUCAUAUUACUGAUCCUGUGUCAGUUCGACAGCCUCCUCAUCGGAACCACGUCCACAAGCAGUCAGAGAAAACCACUCGGGUGCGAACAGUAUUGAACGAGAAGCAGCUCCACACCCUUCGGACCUGUUACAAUGCUAACCCAAGACCAGACGCUCUUAUGAAAGAACAAUUGGUAGAGAUGACCGGUCUUAGCCCAAGGGUCAUCAGAGUUUGGUUUCAGAACAAACGUUGUAAAGACAAGAAGAGAACUAUAUUCAUGAAGCAACUUCAACAACAGCAUCACAUCGAUAAAACUAAUCUUCAGGGGCUGACGGGUACACCUAUGGUGGCAGGCAGUCCAAUUCGACACGACAACACGGUCCUAGGGAACCCAGUAGAGGUGCAGACUUACCAGCCCCCCUGGAAAGCCCUGAGCGAGUUCGCCUUGCAGAGUGACCUGGACCAGCCCGCCUUCCGGCAGUUGGUGUCUUUUUCUGAAUCGGGCUCCAUGGGUAACUCCUCCGGCAGUGAUGUGACCUCCUUGUCGUCGCAGUUGCCGGACACCCCGAACAGCAUGGUACCAAGUCCGAUGGACACGUGAGACCAGCCCAACAGUGACGCUUCGAACUCCAGCAUGCUCCCGCGUGCCCUGCAUGAGAAUUGGCUAGUUAACAGCUUUGAGAGGAAAAUGAUUUCAUCUUAUUUAAAGAACAAUAACGCUGGAUGUGUCUAUGAGGAUGCACCAUUUGCUCACGGAGGGACCGGUCUGCAUUUCUCAGGAUCGGAUGAAUUUUAAGUUACCAGCCAGUGACAACCAAGGGCUAUAACUAAAGCAGAGGCUGAGCCUCGGAUCUUACCUACAUGGUUGGACAUAGCCUACGUGAGGAUUAUAUCUACAAACAUUCAACUUUAUUAUGAGUCGCUAGCUUGUAAUGAUGAACAUAUCAGAACAUUAUCCAUAGUGGCCAACAAUUGUAUAGUUUCAUCUAUGUAAGUUUCCUAUGUCGGGUUGCGACCAUAUGGAGACCCCAUGACUCUGUAGAUGUGCAUGAUUUCUAGAGAUGAUUUAAAAUCAAGCCUUGUAAAAUAUUGUAAUUAAGUGGAUGGGAUACAGAUUGUGGAACCUUUCAAGAAAAAGUAAGUUAUUGAUAUUUAUUAUGCGAAAAUGUAGGCUAUCGUAAUAAACCCAUAUGAACUGUU